AUGGCCUCAGGAAGCAAGAGAGUCAAGCCUCGAACACUUGCUGUUGGUGUCGUCGGCAUUGGCCGUAUUGGGCGCCAGCACGCUCUUAAUGCCUUGCACAAUGUCAACCGCACUGAGCUCCUAUGUGCCUGCUCACCGGCCCCUCAGGAUCUGGAGUGGGCUGACGAGCAUCUGAUUCCCUACGGCGUCAAUGUUUACAAGACGUUCGAGGAAAUGGUCGCGGAGCCAGGUCUAGAAGCGAUCAUUAUCGCAUCCACUACGAAGUUCCACCACGACCAGGUUCAGGAGUGCAUCAAACGCGGCUUGCACGUGUUAUGCGAAAAGCCGCUCUCGAUGACCGUACCCGAAGCUCGUGAUAUUGUCGAGCUUUCCCAGAAGAAAGAGAACGCACACCUCAAACACCUUCUACCACCGUAUAUCAUGGCCAACCCUGGCAUCUUCAUCGACACUGGCGUUCACGACAUUGACCUGACAUUUGCGUUUAUGGGCAACGGCCUACGCCCAAAGUCAUGCCAUGCCAUCGGAAACAUCUCACGACACCACAAACUGGCCGAGAUUGCCGAUGUAGACAACGCAACCGGCUGCGUGGAGUGGUAUCCACCCUCGCCUGGGGCAGUUGCUCCCAUCUCGUACUACUUCUUCUCGCGGAUCAUGCAUCACGGCUUCGACAAUCCUACCGAGAUCAUCGGCACGGAAGGGGCGCUCAAGGUCAACCUGCACCCUCACCGCGACCUGAUCACCGCCGGUGACAAGAACGGCGUUGGCAACGACGUGAUGCCUGACUUCUAUGAGCGGUACGAGAAGGCUUUCCUGACCGAGCUGCGGGUCUUCGCGGAAGCGGUGCUGGACAGCAAGCCGUUGCCUUACGAGUUGGACGUGGCUGUCAAGGGCAUGGAGAUUGCUUCUGCGCUUCAGCAGAGCUUGAGGACGGGAAAGAAGAUUGAAUGGGACGAGAAUGGGAAUCUCAAAUCAACCUUGAAAAGCCACAUUUAG